AUGUUUUUCGACAAUGAUGGUGAUCUCUGGACGGCAUCAGCCGACAAGACGGCCAAGUGUCUGGUUCGGGCUGACGGUUGGAAAGCCAACCUGACCCUGGAACAUCCAGACUUCGUACGAGACAUUGUCGUCUAUGAACCCGGGGGCUGGGUUGUCACUGCUUGUCGCGAUGAGGAGGUGCGCGUCUGGAACCGAUCUACUGGAGAACUUCAUCAUACGUUCUCAGGCCACUUUGAGGAAGUCACUGGCCUAGCCUUAGUGGGUUCAACCGUUGCUAGUGUAGCCAUUGAUGGCACCAUCCGCCAGUGGUCACUACGACCUGAUGAUUUGCAAAAGGCUGUGGAUCUGGCUAAAAAUGGCCCCAAGGAAGAAGAAAAGACGGAUGGCGAACCGAUGUUGACAGAGGAAGAGGAGCGUGAGCUCGCUGAGCUUAUGGAUGAUUAG